AGUCGACCAGGUCCUCCACCGCAAGAGACAGAGAACUAGAGAAAGCCAUAGCAAGCAAAAGCACAGGAGCGCAAGAGCCCAACAGGCGCCAAGAAAGCACCGCCCGGCCGGUCCGCGCCAGUAUGGUGACGGCGAUCGCGGUGGCGUCGGCGGGGCUCGGGAUGCUGGCGGGCGUCGCGAUGGCCAACAGGUCUUCGCCGCCGUCCGCGGGCGCCGCGCUGUGGAGGCCCGGCGGGGGCCCCGCGCUGCGCUGGGGCGGAGGCGCCCCGCGCUGCGAGGCGUGCGGGGGGUCGGGCAAGGAGGACUGCCGCCUCUGCGCGCGCUGGUCCGACGCCGGCGCCCGCGGGAAGAAGAUUAGCCGCUCCGGGUGCGGCGCGUGCGCCGGCACGCGCCGGACGCCGUGCCGGUGCUGCGGCGGGUCCGGCACCGGCCGGCGCGCGCCCGUGCGGAUCGCCACGUCCGCGCGCACCGCACCGACUGGCAGGUGAUGACCACCUGACCGUCCGUCGCGCCGACGCCGACGCCGACGCCGAUGCCUCGUCUCUUCGCCUCUCCUGGACCCGCCGGUUCUCCCGGAUCAUGGAUGAAGGCGGCUCUGUGCGGCGCGCGGGCGACCUGCUGGCACAAGGGAAUGACGGCGCGGAGCUCUUGCUCUCUUUUUUGGACGAAAAAAGAUCAGAGAUUGAGAUUGUAGUAGUAUUUGUUAGCUAGCGCGCUGGAUUGAUUAGCAAAAAUUAUUGAAACGCGCUAUAUUUAUUUUGGAUAGCAAGAUGAGUUACGCAACGCACAGCUCGUCUCGCAAUUCUCCCAAUUAUUGGCUGUCUUGCUCAUGCCAAGACUUACAAUUCUCUGACGACCGCUAAGAUCUUGGAGCUGGCGAUUUAUUUCUGAGCUUCCAUCCUCUCUCUAAGCGUACGUGAAAGAUGUCGCUUAACAAAAGCAUCCCAAACGAUGCCAAAUUCACGCAGCAGCGAGGUCGUUU